AUGUCGCUGCCAGGCAUAUAUCUCUCUCGCAGCUGCCUCACUUCGUACCUGCUUCCUCACUCUCGAAUACGCCUGCCUUCCAAACCUCCAAGAUUUCUAUCCUUUGCGACCACUGCCACGACUACUGCUCGAUCGAGACACUCUCCACGACAUUGCCCAUUCAUUACCGUUCGAGGCACUCAGACCGACUCAGCCAACAUGGCCACUCUCGGAGCGGCAUCGCAGAAGCACAAGGUGGCCAUCAUUGGCUCCGGCAACUGGGGUACCACAAUCGCCAAAGUCGUUGCCGAGAACACUACAGCCAACCCCGACUUAUUCGAGCGAGAUGUCCAGAUGUGGGUGUAUGAAGAGCAGGUGACAGUGGACCAGCAACAGCAGAAGCUCACACAGGUCAUUAACACCAAACACGAGAACGUCAAGUACCUGCCGAAUAUCCCUCUGCCUACCAACAUUAUCGCCAACCCGGACCUGAUCGAUACCGUACGAGAUGCCACAAUCCUGGUCUUCAACCUACCCCAUCAAUUCAUUGCUCGUACCUGCGACACUCUCAAGGGACACGUCGUGCCAUUCGCUCGAGGGAUCAGCUGUAUCAAGGGCGUAAACGUGACCGAGGACAAAUGCGAACUUUUCAGUGACACCAUUGGACAACAGCUAGGCAUCUACUGUGGUGCACUGAGUGGAGCCAACAUUGCUACAGAAGUGGCUUUGGAAAAAUGGUCAGAGACCACUGUCGCCUACCACCCGCCGGAGAUGGACAGCAGGCACCAGACACCAGUAGGCUCAAGGCGUGGGUCCGAGAGCGGAGCGCAAAAGGUGGGCUUGGACAGCGGGCAUGUUGCUAAACCCGGCGUGAAGACGACGAAGUUGAAGGCCCUUCCUACCGAUUAUCCUCCCCUCAGCCACAACAACAUCAAGAAGCUCUUCCACCGACCAUAUUUCCACGUGCGAAUGGUACACGAUGUGGCUGGCGUCUCGCUCGGAGGAGCUCUCAAGAACGUUGUCGCCCUGGCUGCAGGCUGGGUAGAUGGCUUGGGCUGGGGUGACAAUGCCAAAGCAGCAGUCAUGCGCGUGGGCAUCAUGGAAGAGGUCAAGUUCGGCAAGACAUUCUUCAGCAAUAGCGUCCGGACCGAAACUUUCACAGAAGAGUCAUGUGGUGUCGCAGACAUGAUCACAUCCUGCUCCGGUGGCAGGAACUUCCGAUGUGCCAAAAUGUCUGUAAAAGAGGGAAAACCUAUUGGUGAGAUUGAAGAGAGAGAGUUGAAUGGCCAAAAGCUGCAAGGAACAAGCACAGCAUAUGAGGUGAAUGCCUUCCUGAAGAAAGAGGGCAAGGAAAGAGAAUUUCCUCUGUUCACCGCGGUAUACAAUAUCUUGGAGGGCAACAAAAAGCCUGAAGACAUUCCAGAUCUCCUCGAGGAUCGAGCUGACGAGUAG